CGUGUCCGGCGCGGCGGCGGCGGCCAUGCUGUCGGUGGCGGCUCGCGCGCUGUUUCGCGGCGGGGCGGCGUGGGGCGCGCUGCGAGCGGGGCAGCCCCAGCGGUGCGUGGCGGCGGGCGGGCAGGACGGGGAGGUGGGCGCGGCGCGGCGAGCAGCGGCGGCGGGGGAGGACGGGCAGCCCACGGUCUUCAGCGGGAUCCUCGCCCGCAGCGUGCCCGCCGACAUCCUCCAUGAAGACGAGAAGUGCCUGGCUUUCCGCGACGCGGCCCCCCAGGCCCCCGUGCACUUCCUGGUGAUCCCCAAGCGCCCCAUCCCCCGGCUGAGCCGCGUGGGUCCCCAGGACACCGAGCUCCUGGGCCACUUGCUGGUGGUGGCGGCACAGACGGCGCAGGCGGAGGGUCUGGCCGAUGGCUACCGCCUGGUGAUCAACGACGGGAAGCACGGCGCCCAGUCCGUCUACCACCUGCACCUGCAUGUGCUGGGGGGGCGGCAGCUGGGCUGGCCCCCGGGCUGAGCCCCCCCAAACCACUGCCCCCCAAUAAAGCAUCUCGACGGCG